AGCCAGACUGAAUGAGUGGUUUGCACUCAUUGAGGGAGAAUUUGAAGCUCUAUAUGCUCAAAAUAUUGCAUUGCAAGAAAAAGUGGAGAGGCUCAGUGAGCAACUACAACAGAAAGAAGAUGAGAGCAGCAAGCACAAUUCUCUGGUUACAGUCAGUGAUGCAGCUACCAAUCAAAGCUCACUUGUUCAGUUUGGUGGCAAUCUUUAUGGAGGGAAUGUAUCAACGGUGGACUCUCCUGCCAUUACCUCAAGCAGCAGUGCUGGACUGGCAGCUGGUCUCUCUGCCAAGCAGCGUUCUCAAUUGCCACCUCAGCCUCAUCAGCUUAAAAUGCCCAAAGCUAUUGGCAGUAGCAAGAGCAAGGCUGCUGUCAAGCUCCGCGUACAGACAUCCCGCAUUGUCUCGUCUUUCAAGACCUCCCCUGUGCAGUGCAGAAUGGUUCGGGAGUAUCUUGGCCACAGAGAUGGCGUGUGGGAUGUGGACACAAUACUGAGAGAUGCACUUCUACUGGCCACUGCUUCUGCGGAUCAGACUGCGUGCAUUUGGGAUGCAGACUCUGGACGUGUAGUACUGCAGUACACCGGACACUCGGGUUCAGUGAACAGCGUCAAGUUCCAUCCUUCUCGUGAGAUUGUCUUGACUGCUUCUGGGGACCACACAGCACAUGUCUGGCAGGCUGCAAUAUCACAUGAUCAUCUUCGCGUUCAGUCUUCAGAAGAUGAGGUGGAGGGCAGUGGAGAAGAUGAGGAAGAUGGAGGUGGAGGAGUGGAGGGAGGUGGUUAUCGGACCCGUCACUCCACGCUGCGCACUCCACUCCUGGAGCUGCGUGCUCACUCUGGUGUAGUGAGUGCAGCUGACUGGAUGGCAGGCGGAGAGCAGGUUCUUACAGCAGCAUGGGACAGACUCGCCUGUAUAUAUGACGCUAACACUGGCCAACUCACUUCUCAACUCACAGGUCACGACCGAGAAUUGACUCACUGCUGCUGCCACCCAACACAACGGCUCAUAGCGACGGCUUCCCAGGACACCACCUUCAGGCUCUACGACUCCAGAGAUCACAGACACACCGUCUCCGUGUUCCAGGGACACACUGAAAGCGUGACGUCGGUCUGCUUCACCAAGGAAGACGUUGUCGUCUCGGGAUCAGAUGAUCGCAGUGUCAAAGUGUGGGAUAUAAAGAACAUGCGCUCGCCGCUCGCCACGAUGCGCUUGGACUCGCCAGUAAACCGCCUGGCGGUGUCACCGUCUGGCUCCAUGAUUGCCAUACCUCACGACAACAGACAAGUUCGUCUCUACGACCUCAGCGGACUCAGACUCGCUCGCCUGCCUCACAGCAACAGACAGGGGCACCGACGGAUGGUUUGUGCUGUGGCCUGGGCAGACGACGCGUAUCACCAGCUGCAUCACACAUCCUCCUCUGGCGGCGGCGCUGGCGCCACUAACACCUCGGGCGGCAGCAUCGGAGCUGUCGCCUCGUCCGCGGUUGUUAGCACCGGACCGUCGCCGGGCUCCGGCGGUCGGGACUCGAUUGUGUCGAGUGCGGGGCCUGGCAAUCAGCCGUGCUUACUUUUCACUGCCGGUUUUGACAGACGAGUCUACGGCUGGGAGGUCUCCACAGUCAAGGAAAAAGAGUGAAUCUAUUCGAGACUAUAGCUUCAUUUUGAUGUUCAAACGGCAUUGGAUUAAAAUCUCUAUUCAUAUAUUGGUACUUGGUCUCUGUAUGCCUACGGGCCUGCAGUCUUUGUAUGCGUACUGUUAUAUUCGCGAGAAUGGUGAUGUCUUCGUCGUUCCCAAAUACAGUAGUGGUACAGUCUCCAUGUGUUUUCUGGUGUUAGCAUCACCAAAAGUAUUUGUAACGUGUCUCCAAUGUAUCCAUAAUGUAUAAAUUUUUUUAUAUUUGUCUACGAGAAUACCCCGAAGCCUUUUAAAUACAUGGUCUUCAGAAAUCACGGUAUUAAUCCUAACAUCAAGAGAUCUUUCCUCUUGGAAUCAAAUUGUUGGUGUGGACGGCGAUUUAUGUGUGGUGUUAUUGUGUUGCUUUGACGCUGAAUGUCGCUGCUAUUUACUAUGGUUACCAAUAAUAUCUAACUAGUCUUUCAAUAUUUUCAUUAGCUCACUGUUGUAUGAUGUUGUCUUGCUGAAACGAGUAUUUUAUUUCUAGAUAAUUUUAUCUAAGAAAAUGUUCGCCUCGUUGUUAGUGAAUUUUUGGGGUUGUCGCAAGCUUAUUUUUUGCCAUAUAUUUUUUUAUUCAUUUCUAACUAUUUGAGAAGUUCUUGCACAGUUGUUAAAGCUAGCACAUUUGUAUAUAUAUAUUGAAAAGUGUGUUACUGUUUACUCGCGUCAGUACCAUCUUUCAUCUUCAGAUUAAUCCUUAAUUUCACUGCGUACUGAAAGAACCAUUUUGCCGUAAAGAAUGAAUUGAUAACAAGUUUGGGUGAAGUGAACACAUGGCUUCAACCCUACGCGUGAGGCCCUCGGUUGAUUCUUUGUCAUGGGACUUGUGUUCAUAGUUUUUCUGUAGGCAGGAUCUCUCGCACUAACCAUCCUCUGGAGGCAGGAUCUCUC